AUGUCGCAACCUGUUGGCCUCACAGACUCGAGAAUUGUUAUGGCAGAGAAGAGCAGCCACGAUGUGGUAAAUCAAACCCUGUCGGGCGGCGAGCCUUCGCCUUCCGACGUUCCUGCGAGCACCAACGACAAGAAACCUGCCGGAGGGGACGUGGGGGAGAUCAAAUAUACCGCAACAACUACGCAGCUCGAAACAAUCACGAACGCCGAACAAGGCACGCAUGAUACGAGUUUAUCUGAGACAUACAGUGAAAAGAAUGCUACUGGGAGGGAUACGGAACAAUCGACGACCGAUAUUUCAAGGCAAGGGCCUGGGCCAGUGGCGACAAGGGCGCUUGAAUUAAAUGGAGUAGCAUCAGGUUCUGAUUUUGGAGAGGAUACGGCUUCCCAAGGUGGCUCAGAAUCCGACGCCAGUCGAACGGAGAGCAGACUUAACUCACGUGCAAGUUCAACAAAGAGGCCGACAUCAUUCAAGCCAGUCUCCUUCGCAAAGUUUUCAGUGCCCAAAGCUCCAGGAACGCCUUCGACAGCUAAGAUUGCCGAGAAAGCUCCGUUGUCUUCAACCACCCCGCUGGGUGUACCGUUGCAAAGCUCACGACCACGCUUGGUCGCGAAAACUACUAGCAGUCUCCGCGAUUCAUUAUCGAAAACAGGGACGAGUGCGGCGAGGCCAGCUGGAAGUGGGCCCGACCCAAAUCAAGUCUGGAAUAAGAAUCGACCGAUCCAGCAGACUCCGCCGAAACACUUGACGGACGAAGAGCUUAAGCAGCAGUAUGGAAUCCACAUGACGUCGCGUAUUCAAGAAGAUGGCGGUGGAACAGAGGCAAAGUGGGCCGAUAUUGAUGAUGAUGAAGAUGACUGGGCACCGGAAACAAUUGAAUGGACUGACGGAACGAAGACAAAUCUGUCCCAAGUGGAACACACUGCGGCAACAAAGCAAGAGAGCAAACCGUCGAUGGAACCCAAAAAUGACUUUCCGCCUCCACGCCCCGAGCAAGUUCCCGCUAUUAAAGAGGCUACCAAAUUUGUCCCCAAGCCUACGACUUCGGUUGGACCGAACCCUACUGUUCUUAGGCUGGGAGCAAAUGCGGAAAGGCAGGCAAAGAGCGCAAGCAUUUCUUCUAAAGGCACUAACGAGAAGUCGCCGUCACUCUCUACAAGUCCGGCGCCACCCCCAGCGAAGUCACCAUGGGCUCCUCUUCCACCAGUUGAGAAAAUGUCUCCUGUUAUACCUCCUGUGCAAGUUCAACCUCAGGUACAUACUUCGUCCAGAGAACCACUUCCAAUCGACCGUUAUAGCGGUGUUACUCAUCCGAAGGAGAUAGCUGCGGACGAUUUCAAUCGGUCAUGGAAGGACUCGCAGUCUGGUACCCGUGAGCUAUACAACUCCCGGUCAGGCCGUUAUGAGCCAGUAUCUGAAACUAGGAAAGGAUCCUGGCGCACUGAACAGAGCUUCCGCACCCCAUCCGUGUUGCAGCGGCCAGUGCCGGGUGAACAGGCAGGACCUGCGGAGCCUUCACCCGCGUUUCAGACACAUAGGUCAAGUGGACAGGAUGGUAUUCACUGGACACGUCGGCGCACGUCAUCUAACGUCAGUGGAGGAAGUGGCAGCUUUGCACGUCGGAUGUCGAUUGGUCGAACUGACGCAACCCAACGGUCAUUUGAAAUCAGAAGAGGGUCGCAGGCCAACGGUAUGGUUGAGCCCCCGUUGCCAGGCUUGGUACCUCAACAGGAGACGCCUUUGCGAGAACCUUCUCCUGCUCGACGUGGCCCCGGUCAUUCCUGGACUCAACGCGGUGCAGCCGGUGUACAAGAGGGUGCACCUGAUGGCACGAGUCAGCCAUAUGUUCCUCAUGCUGUUAACCAAACUGCGACCCCGCAAGCGCCCCAGGAAGAUCCAGUUGUCAUGCAAGAACGGAUUAUGAAAGAAAAGAGAAUGGAGGCUCGGCAGCGAAGAAUAGAGCAAGAAGAAAAGGAGGAAGCUGCCAAACGAGAAAGGAUCCGGCAAAAGCUCGAAGCUCUUGGUCCACCUCCCGAAAAGCCCAAGGCACAGCGCAAGGACACUCUGGAAGGUAUGGAAAGAGCUGCCGAAAAGUCCUCACCGACGGCCAAUGCCCGGCGCGCCCCUUCACCUCCCCGGGAACCUAAACCGGAUACUACCACGACGAAUGGACUCCAACAGCCUGGUGACUCUCAAACACAAACGCCUGAAAAACUGUCAGAGAACAAGCUCGAUGAGCAAUCAACCCAGUGGAGGGGUGGCCUCAAUGCUUCUAGUUCGUACCCACCGUGGGCUCCCAAUGCCAAAUUAGUCGGGACCUCUCCUUCCAUAGCGAACCCUUGGAAACCUCUUAGCAGUGACAAGACUUUGGGUAAUGGCAUAUUUGAACAGAGUCUUCCAGGGUUUCCUCCAGGGAGAGAUGUUCCUCUGCGUAACCCUCUUGUUUUGGAUCAGCCCCCUGUCGCCCCAGGAUCACAGUCGUUCUCUACACCUUCGCGCUCGCCUCAAGAAAGUACACCAAUAUCCCCCAUAGCGUCCCCUAAAGCUAGACACGCACCAUACGAGUCUUUAAAUCCCAUCGCCCGUCCUGGUCCUAUCGGACCUCCUAGUUCGCAACAUCAAUGGCAACAUGACAACCGUGUCGCAGGGACCGUUGCCUGGAACAAUUUCCAUACAGUUGCUGCCAAGCGCGAAGCAGAAGAAAAUGAUAAACUUCGCAAUGAGAUGAACGCUACGCGCGAGGGACCAUCUUCUCUACAAGUAACUUUCAACGAGACUUGGCGGCAGGUACGGACUGGAGACCAAGCCGGGCAAAGACAGGUCGUUGGUAUAUCUAGAACAGCAGAUGCCAACGCAGCGAUUCCACCCAACCCUCUCCCAGGGUUGGAUCAUCCUGUUGGUCCUCUUCCAUUUACAGAGGCCAAUUCACGCCCUCUCGGCAGCGUUCCAGUUCGAAGUUCACGGUUCUUCCCACAGGCAUCCGAGCAGUACAAGAAGCCACCUUUUGCGGAAGGCGAUUUUAUUCGCAGCCCCUCACCACCACCACCAGAAGAAAUGUCAACCCAUCCGGUGUUCACAGGCAAUACCAGCAAACCUUUGGUACACCUUCCUGCACCAAGGCCCAUUGUCAAACUUCCUCCAAAACUCAUCGCUCCACCACAACCUCCUCCUACCUUCGCAUCUAUGGCUGCUGCGCCGCCCCGCCCUCCUGUCUCUACUGCUACUUCAUGGCAGGAGAAAAUUAACACCCUAUUUGGCAAGAAGACAGUGCCUGAGAGGAAGACUGCCUUGGCCGUGACGUCUGCAUCCAAAGAACCCCUGGACGUAUUGCAUAUCGCCGCAGUUUCAGUCUCACUUCCCCAACAUGGCGAGCAACCAAUAGGAGACGGCGAGAUAACUGCUAAGCAGGUUGAAGAAACUGAAGAAAUUUUUGAGGACCGUGAAGUAGGGUCUCUACCUGUUGUUCGAGUACCUACCAGAGCUCCCCCUGCAGCUUGGCAGGCGGCGCCACCACCUUCGCAGUCGAGACUACGAGCUAAGCAUCUGAAGCUAAUGCAGGUUCAUAGCGUUGAACCUUAUUCAUUUGGUUUUCAUGAUAAAGAUGGCACAGGAAAUUUACGGGUUUCAAUCCGUUUCCCAGGUACAAUUAUUGCGAAAACGGUGGCCCUCCCGAGGAAGGCAGGAAGCCAGAACCCCCGGCCGCGUGGAACUUCGAGCUAUAAGCCUCGAAAGAACACAAAACCUCGCGAAGGGUCUGUAGCUUCGACUUCCAAGAAAUCAUCUUCCCAACAAAACAAUGAAACAGGCUCCCCGCGGCACCAGUCGCGCAAUGCUUCCUGGGGCCCACGUACAUAUAGCGGGUCUCGUUGA